AUGGGUAAAUCCGGAAGGCAACUCGGAGAAUUCGCUACCCUGUAUCUUGAGGCGAUGUUGGUAAAGUCGUACGGAGCUGUACAAGAUGUGCAGUGGAGCCUCGAUCCUAGCACAGCCGAGGCCAGUAGCAAUGGAGCUGAGCUACCAAAAAUGCACCAGCCUCUGCAGUGUGGCAUGUUGUGGAUGUGGAUGACUCCGGGAUAUGCCAAUUCCCCAGAAUCGGAAGGGAAGAGAAAGAACUGGACCUCAAAAGAGCAGCUCAAUAAUUCCAGAAGAAUAACGGGAGAAGACCGAGGGAAAUGCACACGGAAACUCCCCACCACAGAAAUGGUGAUGCACCAGAAGAUCGCACGUGAAAAUUGCAGAGGUCUCUAUGAUGGUCUGUAUGGUAGAAAUUACAGAGGCUCUGAGAGUCAGAGGCGGAAAGCCAACUUGAAGAAAAUUCAACCGGCGAAUUUGGAGAAAAUUGAAAUAAGAUUUGUAAUCUUCGCGGUCAGGUGA